GACUCAUGUUUCUAUUGCAGAAGUAUUUUGUGCAACACAACCAGGUUGUAUCUUCCCAGACACUAUCUUCAGCACUUUAAGAAGCAUCAGUGUGUCUUGAACAACAAGUGUUACUGCAGAAGUAUUUUGUGCAACACAACCAGGUUGUAUCUUCCCAGACACUAUCUUCAGCACUUAAAGAAGCAUCAGUGUGUCUUGAACAACAAGUGUUACUGCAUAAAUAUUUUAUAGAACACAACUAAGUUGUGUCUUCCCAAACAUUAUCUUCAGUACUACAAGAAGCAUCAAUGUGUCUUGAACAACAAGUGUUACUGCAGAAAUAUUUUGUGCAACACAACUAGGUUGUGUCUUCCCAGACACUAUCUUCAGUACUAAAAGAAGGGCAACACCUGUUAUUCUUGUGAAUUUUUAACUAGCUAAGUAUUUCUAAUCACACAAUUUUGCUUUUGAUAUUGGUAAUUCUAUCUAAAAACUGCAUAGCAGUUCAUAGAAAAAUUCAAGUUAAUAUUACUGUAGUUAAGAAUUUUCAUAAAAAUCAUUGUUUAAGAACAAAGAGAAAAUAGUAAUUUGGUAGUUUUGCCUAAAACAAAACGGAACAUCGUAAUAUAUUCAUGAGGAAAACUGUGUGUGUUCAGUAUCAAAAAAAGCUGACCAAAAAAUAAAUCUUGAAAUACGCAUGAUAGUAUAUAAGGAAGAUUAGUGAUAACACUGUUGAAUGACUAAAAUAUUUUAAAAUGAAAUACCAUCUUUUGAAAAAUAUGAGAAAACAUAAAGGAGAUAAACCAUAUCAGUGUUCAGAGUGUAUGAAAAAUUUUAGUCAAAAAAGCAGUCUUGUGACACACAUGCGAAUACAUACCGGAGAUAAACCAUUUCAGUGUUCAGUGUGUCUGAAAUGUUUUACUGAGAAAGGCAGUCUUGUGAAACACAUGAGAGUACAUACCGGAGAUAAACCAUUUCCUUGUUCAGAGUGUUUGAAAUGUUUUACUGAAAAAGGCAAUCUUGUGAGACAUAUGCGAAUACAUACAGGACAUAAACCAUUUCAAUGUUCCGAGUGUUUGAAAUGUUUUAGUGUAAAAAGCAGUUUUGUGACACACAUGAGAGUGCAUACGGGAGAUAAACCCUUCCAGUGUUCAGAGUGUCCGAAAUGCUUUACUGAAAAAAGCCAUCUUGUGAAACAUAUGCGAGUACAUACAGGAGAUAAACCCUUCCAGUGUUCAGAGUGUCCGAAAUGUUUUACUGAAAAAGGCAGUCUUGUGAAACAUAUGCAGGGACAUACAGGAGUUAAACCUUUUCAGUGUUCAGAGUGUCUGAAAUGUUUUAGUCAGAAAGGCAGGCUUGUGAUACAUAUGCGAGUACAUACGGGAGAUAAAACAUUUCAGUGUUCAGAGUGUCUGAAAUGUUUUACCGAAAAAGGCCAUCUUGUGAAACAUAUGCGAAUACAUACGGGAGAUAAACCAUUUAAAUGUUCAGAGUGUUCGAAAUGCUUUAGUGUAAAAAGCAGUCUAGUGACACAUGUGCGAGUACAUACAGGAGAUAAACCAUUUAAGUGUUCAGAGUGUUCAAAAUGUUUUAGUAUAAAAAGUAGUCUUGUGACACACAUGCGGGUACAUACAGGAGAUAAACCAUUUCAUUGUUCAGAGUGUUCGAAAUGUUUUAAUGUAAAAAGCAGCCUUGUGACACAUAUGCGAGUACAUACAGGAGAUAAACCAUUUCGUUGUUCAGAGUGUCUGAAAUGUUUUAGUCAAAAAGGCAAUCUUAUGACACAUAUGCGAGUACAUUCAGGAGAUAAACCAUUUCAGUGUUCAAAGUGUUCGAAAUGUUUUAGUGUAAGAGGUAAUUUUGUGACACAUAUGCUAGCACAUACAGAAGAUAAAACAUGUUAAUGAUUAAUGUAUCUUAACUUCACUUAUAAGUACUACACCAUCCCAUGUAGCUUUGUAGUUCUUGUGAUUAUCGUAGAGUAUUCUUGUGCUAGAAGCAUAGAACUGUGUCAUUGUACUUAUAAAGUAUAUCUCUCCAGUGCUUAUAACUAAUCUAGCAAAUAAUAGUAGCUGCUGAGCCAACGAAAAGGAAGUUGUGCUAUACAUUUAUGAUGGGAAUUCAUAGGCCUAAAGUGCCAUGUGCAAGUAAAUAAAUAAUAAGAGAACACUGUAUCAGAAACAAGACGAGAAUAAGUGUAGAAGCCUUCAAGAGGAAACUGGUGAAGUAUCCACCAGGUGCCAGAUCAACCAGGCUGUGGUGCAUAUAUGGAGCAGUGGGCCUCCAGCAGCAACAGCCUGGUUGACCAGGCAAGCAAGCCUGGUCCAUGGCUGGGCUCCAAGAGUUGUGAGACUCAAAACUCAUCAAACAUAUUAGGUAGUAUCAAAUACUGUGAUAGGAAAAAGAGGCUCUCUGAUAAUAGAGUGCAGUACAUGGUGUUUACCAUAAUGGUACCAUUGUGUAUAAUUAUUGUGGUGUUAAACUAGAGGGAAGUGAUAGGCCUAGCAGGUAACUCGAAUUGUAAACAGUUGCAAGCAGUCGCCAUGAUACUACCACGCAAGCCAGUUCAUCUUUGGUAAUCUUCCCACAAACUGCUAGUCUACCUCAGUCUUAGUGAUACCAUAGAGUACAAUUUUGUGGAAAUAUGAAACGUAUACAAUUUGUGGAAAUAAGAUAAAAACUGUAGAGUUGUUAGUGAACACAGUAUAAACAACAGAAAACUAAAUAUUCUUCUGAUAAACCUUUCUACCAUAGCUAAUAACAGUGAUGCCAGAGUAUUCAGUGUGGUGGAGUGAGAAACUAGAAAUUUUUUGUGGAAAUAUGAAAAGUGUGCAGUGUUUUUUUAUGGAAAUACAUAAAAAUUGUAGAGUUGUCAGUGGUCCCAGUAUACAAAAAAGACGCCAAAUACUUUUCCAGUAAACUUUCUACACCAGUCAUUCUACCAUAGCUAACAACAGUGAUACCAUAGUUAACAACAGUGAUGCCAUGGUAUUUGGUGUGGUGGAGUUAGAAAAAAUCUAGGAAAAGUUAAAUUUUUAUUUUAUAUUAACCUUUCAGGGUCCAAGACCAAAAUCUGAAGUGGUGCCCCAGUGUCCAAGAAUUUUCAAAAUUUUUUUUUUUUUAAUUAAAUGGUAGAGAAUCUUUUUGUGAAGGUAAUAAAACAAAAAGUACAAAAUUUGAUGGAAAUUUGACGAAAUUAUGCUCUCGCGAAUUUUGACGUAACAGCAAUAUUACGAAUCAGCGAUUUUUCCAAAUUUGACUCCCAUUUUAGGCCAAUUACAUUAUUCCAGUCGACCAAAUUCUUAGCUAUUUCACUAGUAUUACUUCUAUUCUAUCAAUUGAGCACAAGAAAUUGCCAAGUCAAUUGUUUCAACUACAAAAUAAAGUGACUGGAAAUUGGUAAUUUGGCCAGUUUAACACAAAGUUCA